AUGUUAAACGAAUUAAUCCAGCUAUUUUGCAGCAAUGGGACUCAUUCUAGUGAGUUGUUUUACAAUGCUACGUUGCAAUUAAAUGAAUUCUUGGAUAAGAAGGAGAUAGUGCGAUGUUUUGCGAGAGUGUCGGAGAACCUUGGAGAUCAAUUGGUAUAGGAUAUUGGUGGAUAAUUCAUAGCCAAAUCUGAGGAAGGCAUCCCAUCAGCUUUUUCAGGCGUAUAUUCGUGUAAAUGAGAGUUUCGAUGCGGUCCUAUCGGCGAUGCUCAGCAGGGGACUGGUGCAUCCGAAUGUAAGAAUAUUUUAGUUAUAUAAUAUAAGUGGUUGGUGAGAUAGAAGAAUGUGAAUUCGUUGUAGUCGUUGUUUUUGUCGGAGGGACAACACUUGGAGGCAGGCAGUGGUGUGGUCAGGAGUAUGGUGGAGAUGUUGUUAGAGAAGUUGUGUGAUUGCAAUAUAGCAGUUUGUAAGGCUACGGAAUAGGUACGAGUGUGUUGAUAUUGAUUAGACUCUGAUAUCCUUGAUAAGUCUGAAUUAAUAUAAGCAAUGCCAUGCGCAAUUGCCAAUGGGGGUUCAAUCUCAAGUGGAGCAUUUUGCAGAGCAGAUGAAGGAAACCAAUCAGAUAAGACAUGAGUUGAGAUUGCGAGAGCCCACCUCCAAUGGGUUGCCAUUUGACAAGUUGGAAGACUUGAAAGACACCUAGUGGUAGAUGAGAGCCGAAGCCAUUCAAAGAAUAUACGAGGAACUCUAGGAUGUGAUCUUGACUCCAUUACAGGUGGAGGUCCUCUUCGAGCAUAUUGUAAAUUUAGUGAAUGAUCAUAACUUCAAUAUAGUGUUAACUACUCUUUAGAUUAUGCAAAGAUGUUUGUAGUUCAACAUUGUGAAGAGUAGCAACAUAGUUAAUAUAUACACUAAGCUAGGGGAUUCAAAGUCAGCAAUCAGAACUGCUGUUAGAUAAGUGUUGGUGAUGUACUUGCAGAAAAUUGGGGAUGCCGAAUUACUGAUUCAAAUCUUGUAAUGGCCCAACAAGAAUUCCUUUUACAAAGAGGAGUUCUUGGAUCUCCUCAUUGACUUGGUCCAAAGAAAUAAGAUGCUGGUAACCUGAUUCCUCAAUAUGCAGCUUUCACAAUACCUCGAGUUGGCCAUCAAAGAAGUGGCUCCUUUCCUCGAGGACCAGAAAUAGAAACUGCGCUCUAAAGCCAUCGAAACCCUUACUCAGUUGGCCACAAUCAAUCAGCCUUUGACCAAGCGAGUGUUCUCACAACUCGGCAUUACUGAAGAUCUCUUCAACCAAAUCGAUGUCAGUACUGCCUCCUCCAACAAAUCCGAUCUCCCCCAAUUGCGAUUCAAAAAGGAACAACGAGAAUAGAGAGACCCAAAGGAACAAUACACUCAAUCUUUGCCUGAACCCAAGAAUCUGUAAUAAUUUGAUAUCCCCAUCUUCCAAUCCCAAUAACAAGGAUACGUGCCCACCAUCAUCUCCCAACCCUAAAAGCAACAAAGGAGUGCCCAAAAACCAGAAUCUCACCCUCAAUCUUCCAGCGUCGAAUUCAGACACGUUCAACAACAACAGGAAUACAACCAACCACCAGCCACUCAACAAAGCAAACCCUUCAGAAUAGUUAAAAAUCCGCAACAAGACAUCCCAGAUCAAGACACCGGUCUCACCUACACCAAACCCUUCCAAAGGAAACCCAAGACUGAAGCCGAUAAAACAUUCUAACCCAUCUAUUUGGAUUCCGUCCUCCCCUUGGAUCAACCUGAAUCUGUCUUAAAGACCUUGUUGAAUGAAUUAAGAUACGACGAUUGGAUUAGAUAGUUUGAAGCCCUCAACAAUCUAAGAAGGUUGGCCAAACACAAUCCUGAAUUACUCAAAAAAUCUAUUAGUUUUCCCUAAAUCCUAUAAGAAAUGGUCAAAUAAAUCGAAAACCUUAGGAGUGGAGUCUCCAAAAAUGCUUUGAUUUCUCUCUAGGAACUUAGUGAUAUCUACAAGAAAGACUUGGAUUGCAUCAUGGAUCAAGCACUUCAAAAACUCAUCAAAAAGGCCAUCGAUCUCAAUGCAUUCAUAAGUGAUGAAGUCAGAAAAGCCACUAUUUCAUUAUUGUAAAACUGUACCGAAUCCAAAUCUAUAUCUCUGAUAUCCCAAGUCUAUCAAAGCAAAUCCGUUGCAAUCAAAGUGAACAUCUGCUAUGCACUUAACAAUCUAUUGGAUCCCAAUAAACAACAGUUCGAAAAGAUGUUGCAAAUCCUUUGCAUCUAUGUUUGUGACUCGAGCCAAGAAGUGAGACAGGUUGCCAAAGAAGGAUUGCUGAGUCUGAUGAGUUAAAUCGACAAAAGAGAACUAGAAUCCUUGAUCAUCAAAUUGGCACCUGAUGGAGAAUGCAAACGUAUAAUGACAAUAAUAAACGGUGAAUCUACCACCACUUCAGAAUUUAGAAAAUUUGGUGCUACAUAAACAAAGGAAGCCAGAACUCCUGAACUCAGAAAUAGAACACCCAACAACAAGAAAUUGUCAGCUGACUUUGAAUAGAUGCCCAAUUAUAUGAAUCAGGCUGAACUAGCAAAGGAUUGGAAGUAGAAGAAGGAAGCUAUUGAUUGGCUCUGCAAUUUUGCAAAAAAAGAGGCUCAAGCUUUGAAUGGGCAUAAAUAUUCCAAUAAGUUCUUGGAUUUGUUGUGUAAAUUAAUAGAUGAUGGAAAUAAAAACAUAGCUCUGUACACAUGCGAAUAGUUCAUCCAACUAGUUGAACCACUCAAAGUACUUCAUUUUAACUACUAUUAACUAGCUUCCUCUAUAAAACAACUAUGUUAACGUAUGGAAUGGGGUCUUUAAAGUUGUCUCGUCGACAAAUAACUCAGUAAGGUAAUCAGCGGAAUCACUGUUUCACGAACUUAUGAUACAUAUUGACAUUCAAUAUUCAUUACCUUAAAUCUAACAUCUCAUAUUGUAUGGUCCAGCCAAAUCUAAAGGCAUAGCCAUCACAAUGUUAGCAAGUACUUUAAAAUAUUAUCAUAAGAUUUUGUAUAAUAAUUUUAUGAUGAACGACCGUAAUUAGUGGUGAAACACCUUGUACCUUUGGCUAAGAAGUUACAAGAGGAAUAGAAACCAGACAUUAAAAUAGCUUCCCAGAAACUAUUCUAAGCAUUGGUCUCUACAUGUCCAAACGAUGUCGCUCAUUUGAAGUUAUUAAAAUGA